UUUGUCAUAUGAUCAAUCGAUGGUUUUGCGUACAUUUUCUCAGUAAUAUCCUCCCUUAGCUUUGGUGUUUGUCGAAUUAAAGUUGUCAGGUGAGGCCUCUUAGAAGAAAAUGAAGGGGUGCAUAUUCAAUAUUGAUGCAGGCUAUUUAGAAGGUUUAUGCCGAGGUUUUAAAUGUGGUAUUUUGAAACAAGCUGAUUAUCUUAAUUUGGUUCAGUGCGAGACCCUGGAAGACUUAAAGCUGCAUCUCCAAGGUACCGAUUAUGGAACUUUCUUAGCUAACGAACCGAGCCCUCUCGCCGUAUCUACUAUAGAUGACAAGCUUCGUGAAAAGUUAGUCAUUGAGUUCCAACAUAUCCGUAAUCAUUCUGUGGAGCCAAUGUCAACAUUUUUGGAUUUUAUCACCUACAGUUACAUGAUUGAUAACAUAAUCUUAUUGAUCACGGGUACCCUUCACCAGAGACCUAUCUCUGAACUGAUCCCUAAGUGUCAUCCACUUGGUUCAUUCGAACAAAUGGAAGCUAUUCAUGUGGCAGCUACACCUGCUGAGCUGUACAAUGCUGUUUUGGUGGAUACACCACUUGCUCCAUUUUUUGUUGACUGUAUCAGCGAGCAAGAUUUGGAUGAGAUGAAUAUUGAGAUCAUUCGUAAUACUCUUUACAAGGCAUAUUUAGAAGCCUUUUAUGAUUUUUGUGAACAAAUUGGAGGAACUACAGCUGAUGUCAUGUGUGAAAUAUUAGCUUUUGAAGCUGAUCGCCGCGCUAUUAUUAUCACUAUCAACUCUUUUGGAACCGAACUUUCUAAAGAUGAUCGUGCUAAGUUGUAUCCUCGCUGUGGUAAAUUAAACCCUGACGGAUUGGCAGCGUUAGCACGUGCUGAUGACUAUGAGCAAGUGAAAGCUGUUGCAGAAUAUUAUGCCGAGUAUUCAGCCCUAUUUGAAGGAGCAGGAAGUAAUGUUGGGGACAAGACUUUGGAAGACAAAUUCUUUGAACAUGAAGUGAGCUUAAAUGUUAUGGCCUUUCUGCAACAAUUCCAUUUUGGAGUAUUUUACUCAUACUUGAAACUGAAGGAACAGGAAUGCCGAAACAUUGUUUGGAUCAGUGAAUGUGUUGCACAAAAACACAGGGCCAAAAUUGACAACUACAUUCCCAUAUUCUAAAAAAUCAUAAUGGUUCCAUAUUUAUUGUUAUGUAAAUACCAAGAAAAUGUUCAAUCUAUAAAAUAUUUAACAAAUUAUUGUAAUUGAGUGUAACUGUUAGAAAUGUUAUUUUUUAUAAAUAUAACUACAAUGCUUCUAGCUUUGUGCGUCCUUAAAAGAAUAUUCUUAAAUUCACUUAUUUAUAACCAUUCCAUUAUAAUUUUGUCUCCCUUAUUUUUUUAAGUUUUGUUGCUAGACAAAGAUUUUAUUUGUUUGCGUUUAAAAUAGAAGUAAAACACAAAUAAAUCAGUAUUACAGAAAUUAUAAUGAAGCUGAAUUUUACUUGGAGCAUUGAUUAUUAAUAUUUAAACUAUUAACAACUGUUUCUACCAUGUUAAGGUCAAUCAUGUAACUUCUAUCUAUUGCAAAAUAUAGAAUGUUGUAAAUUUAAUUAGUUUUGAAUCAAUAAAAAUAUUAUACUUUAUGAAAUAUU